CACCAACCACAAUCAAUGAUUUAAGACUAUGAGGACGGUCAAUAUUCCAAUCCUUGCUCUGGUUUCGUCGGCGAUACCAGAAUCGUCCGAAGCAUUUGUUACCUCGAGGCGAGCUACCACUUCGAAAAAUAAUGCUAGUCCUGUGCACUUAGGGGAGUCGAGGAAUGGCGCAUCUCCGUCGCCUCAUGUUCAAGAAAGAAAACUGCUUCUCUUUGCGUCGGCGGAUAGAGAAGAUGGUGCCAUCGGCAGCUUGGAAGAACUAGAAUCCAAGAUCUUGGGUAUGAAGGUCGCUGAAUUAAAAGCCGAUCUAAAACGCCACCAGCAGCCAAUCAGUGGUUUGAAAAAGGUUUUACAGGAAAGAUUGCUGAAUUUUUAUCGCGUUUCGAACAACGAAGGUUCGGAAGGAGAAGUACAAGCCGAGAGUAUGGCAGCGAUGGACGGCGAUAUCGAUAUCGACAGCCAUAGUGAGAACGAUAGUGGGGAUGUAGAAGGAGAUGAAGAUGAGGAAGGAGAAACAAUAAUGGAAGCGGAGGAGGAAGAAGAUUGCGAUCGCGAUGGUGAUGAUGACCGCAAUCUCGCAUGGGUAAAUUCAAAAUCGAGAUGGAAGAAAAAAACAUUCCUGUUGAUGGAAGAUGUUCGAAAAUUGGUGCAUUCGAGAGACGCAAGAGCUAGAAAAAAAGGUCCCAAAAAAGCCAAAGAAGCACUCCGACGAAUGCAGCAAUGGAUAUCUCUGUCGCCUUCGUCUCUGAACAGCGGCGAUGAACAAGAAGCCACAAUCACGUUUGACCAGAGAUCCACGCUAUUGAAAGCCUACAACUUGUGGAUCCAUGCGCUCGCCAAGUCCGGAUACGACGAUGCCGGUAACCAGGCCGAGGAAAUCCUGAACGAGAUGCGAAGGAACGCCUCGAGUGGUGGUCCGAGUCCAAACGACGUUACCAUAGCGUCGGUGAUGGACGCCCAUGCGCAUUCGGCAAGCGUGUCGUCGUCCUCGAGUGGUGGGGCCAAGGCCGCCGAGGCCUUUUUGUUCCGAUUGCUGGAAAAACACGAGGCGAACCACAACGAUAUCCCCUGGUCUCACGAUGGCGGUGAUACGCUGCGUGAUACUCUGGUAGUUACUUGUGACACUAUGCUAAACGCCUGGGCUAGAGAGGGGACCAUGGCGAGUGCCGAACGGGCUCUGACGAUCCUUGUUCGUUUGGAAGAUUAUCAACGCCAAACGCAACGGCAGAAGAAGAAAAGUCGCUCAAAGAGCAUCGAAACAGAACCAUCAACAAAGAUGAGAAAAACACGACCAAUUUCGUAUUCGACAGGUAUGUACGGCAUGAAAAUCGUUUGACUUCACGUUGUAUGAAAUCUAAAACGCGAAUCUGAACAUUCUCUCUCAUCCUAUUCUCAUCAUAUUGCUAUUCCCCAGUCAUGAACGCUUGGGCAAAUGUACGUACCGCGGAAGCCGCAGAGAAGGCAGAAGCCACUCUCGACAACCUGGUGCUAAGAGCCAAGGCAGACAAGAAGGCGGAGAAGAAGAAUGAUAUUGUUAUACAAUCAAAGUUGGUCACUAUCCAACCAGAUACCAUUCUCUUCAAUUCCGUCAUUCAGUGCUGGGCUGCUUCGAGAGAUAUAAAAUCGGGUAAAAAAUCUCUGCAACUACUGGAACAAAUGAAAGAGCUAGCAGGGGUGGGUCGUGGCGAUAGCACAGACGAUGACGAAAUCUACUUCGACACUCAUCCCGAUAUUAUUACCUACAACACGAUCCUUUCUGCCUGGAGCCAUUGCGGAAUGAAAAAUGCCGCACCACAGGCAGAGAAAAUCGUGAAGGAGUUGGUGGCGGAACAAGAGGAAAGAAGGGAACGAGAACUUGGCGCUGGAGGCGGCGGACCAAAUGUGUCAGCCGUAGUGGUGAAUACGGUUACGUUCAAUACGGUUCUAGAUGCAUGGUCGAAAUCCAAGCUUCCCGGAGCUACCGAUCGAGCGGGGAAGCUUUUGAAUUACAUGAUUCAAUCUCAAGAUCCCCAUAUAGUACCCGAUGUCUUCUCCUUUACUUGCGUCAUGGAUACUUUGGCCAAAUCCAAGGAGCCCAGCAAAGCGUCGCAGACGCGAGAGUUGUUGGACAGAUUGAUUCAAAUGCACCAAGACGCAUUGCAAAACGGAGGUAAACGCAAAGCAGAUGCAUUGCGCCCAACGCAGAUCCCAUACAACACAGUAUUGAAUGCAUGUGCAUUUUCAGCAUUAAAGACUCCCGAACAAGAAAGGAGAGAUGCUAUCCGAAUCGCGGUCGAUAUCUACAGAGCUAUGUCGUCGAGAAUAGAUUUGGCGUCCUUCAGGAGAAAAGGGAACGGAAGCAUUGUCGCACGAGACUCCGUUACCUACGGACUCAUGCUCAAAUGCAUCGCCAAUCUAAUGCCGAAAGGUAAGGUGCGGAGCCAGAUGGCUCUCCAGAUCUUCCGGGAUUGCCUCGACGAUGGCCUCGUCGGAUUCAUGGCUUGGAACGAGGUGCGCCGGGCGGUGCCAUCUAAAAUCAUCCAACAGGAGUUUGGGUUCAAGCGGCAAAUCGGACAGCUGGAAUCAAAGGAUCUACCGAGAGAGUGGACGAAACAUUGCAAGACGAAUAAGAAAUUCGACAAGCAACGACAGAGGGAGCAAAGCGCUCGCCAUAAGAAAACCAAAUCUGAACCUAAGAAGAAAGAACAACCAGCAAAAGCCUUUAUCAUCGAACGGUCAUUUGCAACCGGAAAGGACAUGUAAACGCAACGCUGUAAUAAAAUCGCCUUUUAAAAUCUUCUGAGGAAAAUUACAACUGUUGCUUGUCCAUCCUCUCUCCAAUCGAUUAUUCCCCUUCAAAUUUUAAAAUAUUUUCGUUUGGGUACUCGUAGCGGUAGAAAUCCAUAGUACCGGUACUCGUAUGGUUAUUCCAGGUUUUCUGUGGUAAACUCUUCGUCCUCCUGUUCCAGCGAUGGCGGUAACGGCAUGAAUUUCUGUCUAGAUACCUACCGUACUCAUACUCCUGAAAUAGCCUCACACGAACAGUAGUAUGUGUCAUCGCUCGUGCAUCACCAUGUGUGUUCGUGUAUCUACUCUGAACAAAGAAUCAAUAUCUCCGUACUGUACUGAACUUACUGAGCUGGUGAAAAGAGUACCGUACCAUAACAGUACGAAACCAAAAACUAAGUCCUGAAUGACACCAUUGAAAACAAGAGUUGGUUUACCUUCUGAGAUAUCAAAAUAGUAGUGUAGGUUACUGCAAAAUAAAUUACAGUACUAUUGUGCCCUCAUGCCGACAAAGGUACGUCGUGGUUUUCGAGUGAAUUGAAUUAUUUAAUGAUACUGCGAUUUUAUCAAAGGUACGUAUCCUUAAAUACGAAAAAUUCUGUAGUAAUUAUUUCCAAACGGGUGAUACUCUCGUAUGGACGAAGCAACGUAUCGCACAGGAGGAGGAAGUUUCUGACACAUACAUCCUUGCACGAUUGAUUGGAUGGCUUUAAUUUUAGUGUACCGGUAGCUUUGUCGUGAAAGGUUCUUUUGUUCUCAUCUGUCUCCACGAGUAUUUGACAUGCGCGUUGAUAUUUUCAUGCUUAGGUGCUGGCAUAUUUCGUACCUGCCUUUACACACACCUGCACCUCCAUCAUACGGCCCUCUCAUCAGUUGAUGAUAGAAGGGAUGUUGUGAAUACGUUGAGAGCUGUCAUUUUGAAGAAUGCUAAGAAGCACGAGUACCAUGCUGCACGUAAAUUCUACGACUGCAAGCUACGUCGACGAAGACCUUUCUUCGCUUUUCAUCCCACUCCUUCAAAUAUUCUUUUCAUUUUGUCGUGCAGAAUCUUUCAGAACACAUUCAUACCGGUACGGUAAGUUGAGACCUUUAACCUUUUCUCAUUUCAAGCAAAUUGUGAUAGUCGUCAACAACUUUGCGUUCAUACACGAUCCAUUGCAAGAAAUUAAAAAAGCAAGAUUGAAUUUCAUUUGUCAUUAUUUUCUGAUUCAUUGAUUUCCUUUGCGACCGUCGUCAUAUCUAACAAAAACUAUCUUCCGUCGGACACGAACAAAUUGAAUCCAUUGAAACGACAGACUAAGAGGAUUGUACCGGAUCUGACUGCACAACUGCAGAAAAAUAUCGAAACAAUUGAAACGCGCACAAAAGAUGAAGAUGACCACCGAUCUCGAGCAGGACACGUCUCAAGAUUAUAUCGAAGACA